UGAUUACAUAGAGAAGCUAUAGGCUUCCAGUCAGGCAGAAAGGCCAUUGAAGUGGGCUGGACUCCAGGGCUUUAGACAAGCCAACAGUAAGCAGGAAAUCAGGAAAUCAGCAGAGCAGAGAGACAAUGACAUGGGGAUUAGAGAUCAGUUAACCCCCUCCUCUGAGUGACUGACCUGUUUGCUCACUGGCUACAACUUCCUUUUAGACACAAGCACGCAAUGUGUAAAACACACACGCUUUCAAACACAACCUGCUGUACACUCCAACCUAUCCGACCUCCACCUCUCACACUCUCCCUCCCUGUCAGACACAUUCGGACAGAGCUCAGGUUUGGGUUUUUCACAAUAUCACAGGAAUUGAAUAAGCAGCUCCUGUUUUGUGCCCAUUGUCUCGCAGACAAUGGAUACAGCCAACCAACGAGCAGGACUUACUCUGACAUGUAUGACUAAAAGGCAAAUUCACACUACAACCAGGAUGAUAUCAUCUGAUAGCUGGCAAACACUCUAAAGGCUGAUGACAGCACAUACAAUCUGAGAAAGCCCCUAAGGAAAAAAAAAUGGAAGAAAAGGCUCCACCUGGAUAUCUUAACGGUCUUGUACUUUAACCUCACCUGGCUUAUCUCCUGGCAAAGACUUUCACAAGCAACAUACCUAAGAGCUCUGCAAGAAGGAGCUUGCAGGAAAAACAAGACCAAAUGUCCAAGGACUGACAACACUCAGCUAAGCAGCAGUUUACAGAAAGGGUACAACAAAGUCUUCUCUGUAACGGCUGAACAAGCCUCAUCAUGUCAGGGACGAAGAGUUUGUCAGGGUGUACAGGUAGACGCUGCGUAGUUUCCUGACAGACGUGUGUGCGUAUGUGGGAUUCAAAUAUCCUGAACUUGUUCAUCAACAAAGAUGGCAUUAUGCUUUUAAGCUUCAUCACUUCAUAAGGAGCCAAUACUAACGGAUACAAAGACUUCUGGGGAUAUAUAAAAACAUUUGAGUCUAUUUCAACAAGAUCUUCCAAGAUGCCACUAAGAACAUCAUUGUACAGAAAGCCAACCUCUGGUCGUUGGCCCAGCAGGAACUCCAAGCGCAGGGAGGUGUUGUCUGUCAACAUGAUAAGCCUUCCACUGGCUGAUUUCCGCCACAUCUCACACAUUGGGAGCGAUGCCCACAGAGACAGCUUCGGAGACCUGUCCUUCUUAAAAACGGGCCACGGCCUGCUGCUGCAAAGCUCCCAGAGCGAGCAGAAUCUUUUCAUGGCUUGCUCGCCACCACCCAAGCCUCCACGUCUGAACCUGGAUGAGGCGGAGGGUUCGGAGAGCCCCGACUGGCAUGUAAACCGCCAGAACAACAUGCCCCAGAAGAGAAAGAAAUGCAGCUCUAUGCCACUUCUGGACAAUGACGAGGGAGACGGAGAGAUGGAACAGGAAGAUGGGUACCAAAGAGGGAAUAAUGUUGCUUCCAGUCAGCCUCACAGAACUGGAUGGGACAGUUUGAGUUCUGAUCAGAAUGACUCCACAAGCACUAGUGUCAAAAAUGCUGGACAGCAAAAAGACGAGGACAGUGGCUUUUCCUUUAGCCUCGACCUGGGCCCAUCAAUCCUGGAUGAUGUUCUCCAGGUGAUGGACAAACUGCACAACUAGACAGGAUCUUAGCCAUAGGUUACAAAAAGGCUUUACAAGAAGUUUGGAAUACGGAGAAGAAGUCCAACUCAACACUACUGAUUUUACAGACAUACCAAGUGUAAACUGGACAUAUCUGAUUUUAUGAUUCAUGGGUGCCAGGUAUUGACAUACAACCUUGAGAGAAGUUGUAAUGGAGGUAAACACUGAAAAGACUGAUGAGCAGGAUGAUUUUUUUCCCCCGUAUUUCAAUAAAAAAUUAGACUUACUAUACAUCAUAGCAACCUACAUCUGCAUCUACAAUAAGGAGCUCAUUCUUUAAUAGAGAACUAGAUUCUAUGUCUCUAGCUCACUGUGGUGUGCAGACUUUGUUAAAAAGUAAAAAUGAUCUCCUAGAAAACUUAGACUAAAAAAGGACACCGAUAACCAGGUUAAUGUUCUCCUUAGUUUUACCCCAAGCAAAGAUACAAUGUUACACUAAGUUAAUAAUUGAACUCUGUUUUGAUCUCAAAUCUGGACAUUUCUUUUACUUCCCUCCUUUGCUAGUGAAAUCCUCCAAACCACACGGCACAGCACUGAAGACGGCUGUUAAGACUUAAGGGUGUUGUGUUUAAGAAAAGAAAAAGCUGCGGCUGGAAUCCAAGGUCCUUGAGCUGUGAUGCCUUGGCUCUUGGCGUGCUUGCCAAUCUAUUGUGUGCAGAGGGCAAUUUCUCCUCCGCACGCAUCCCAGAGGCCCCACUCAAGGUAGACCAAGGUACCCCCCAUCUCUCAUUCCCAACAAUGCAGUGAAAACAAACACUUAGCUCUGCUUCCAAUAAAAGCCAGCCAGUAGUGGCAGGUUGGGCUGCAGACCAAGUCAGGCCACAGGUCCAAGACCUCAGAAGAAGAAGUAGAAAAAAAAAAAAGAAGAAGGCAAAGCAGGCUGUUUUCUUAGCUGCAAAUCAGAGUCUGAUGCUCUGAUGAGUGGCACACGAGACAGAAAGUGGUAAAGGGUAAUCUGAUACUUCCACAUAUGCAGGGGGUGUUGAGGGAGGAGGACCAGGAACAUCCAUUUCUGCUGCAAAAGUCCUGAUGAGGGUUUAAACACUACCUUCUGACCAAACAGACCUCCUCUUGCUUCUCAAAGACACUGGCACAAAAGUGCAAGGAAGCGCACAUGCAUGUACAUACAAAUACAUAUGGUCAAACUGAGUUAUAUGCAGGCAGUUGUGCACGUUGCUCAGGUCUGGAGAGGAGAGAGUCAGGGCAGAGUCUCAGUCUCUGCCUUAGUUGGAAGUUGCCAGGAAAGGCUGUGGGGCAAACACAGAACCGGUCAAAUUCCUAAGUUCCCCACGGGUCAGGCUGUAAAAUAUACGAACCACAAGUGUCUCGCAUCUAGUAAUAGAUUUAGAAUUCUAUGUAUAUCCAAACAGAAACAGCCAUGUUUGUGGGUGCGUCUGGACUGUAUAUCUGUUUUGGCAUCUCUCAAUUUAAACUGGAUAUCACUUCCCCUUUUUCUUGCAUAUGUUAUGACAACAACACAUUGUGAAACAUUUUUUGAAUUGAAAAAUGUACUGUUUUGUAUUUUGGUGAAGUAAAAAACAUAUCUUUCAAAUUCCAAGAUUGGCGGUUUUGUGGAUAGAACUGCUCGUGUCAACAUUUUAAGAGCGUUCAUAUGAGACUGUUUACACACCCUGAUGGACAGACAUUUAUUUGGCUUUUUAACCAUCAGCAGCCACUGUGGAGGCAAUCCAUGUCAAUCACAGUUUCUAGAGAAAUUAUACCCUUGAAUUACUGAACACAACAAGCAGCACAAUAUCAUUUCAAGGUGGAGAGAUACACAAGCCUAAAUUAGACAGUCAUGUCAAGCAGGAUUUCAUGUAGACAAAAAUCAUGUCUUAGAGGAAGCUGGACUGUUCCAAGUUGUUAGUCAAGACCUGCUCUGAGGCACACCUGUAUCGCACAGAGGUGACAUUCAAUGGCCAACCAGGGUAGGUCUGGAAUUUCUCAGAAAUUUCUAUGCGGGCUACUUUUUCCAGAUAAGCAGGAGAAAGAGUUAUUCAGUUACAGAGUGUUCUCGUGUGCUGUAAUGACCCUGAAUGACCAAAGAAGAGAAGGAAGAAUGUCAGUCUGCACUGUCAGACGGACACUGUGGAAUCAAAUUAUUUUGGAAAACAAAAAACUAUAACCUAUAAAAACUAUAUUAAAAACAAGGUGCACUCCCGCCAGAAUUGAUUAAGAAAACCACUGACAAUUUUCACCCUUAUUCAUUAUAAGCUUCAAAAAUGAACCUUUUUGGAGGGUGAAAAAGCCUUCCUGCAGACAAGAGUCCUUGGCUGUUAUGAGCUCUCAGCGUGAAGAAUCACAUGAAGUUAAGCUCAACAAGUGUUCAGCCACAUGACUGAUGCAAGAAGAAAGGGCCUGUAAUUGAAGACAAAUUAUCUUGUCUGCGCUGCGCAAACUGGCCGAGCUGUGAAGUAUCCCAAUCACAUCUGGUACCACUUCUCUCUCUCCAAAAAUCUAAACUUGCUGUCAUACAGAAUACCAAGAUACCCCAUCAUCUUUCCAAAGAGUAGCUCUUAUGACUUAUUUAUUUUGUCAGGUAUUGACUGAAAAACUAAAAAUGUUGUCUUGGCAAAUAAGAGAUGUGUCCUUUUAAUGUAACUGUAUCUCCAAGCACGACUUGAUGCUGCUGAAAUAUGUUGCGUGGUCUGUGACUCAUUCACACACAAACAGGGAUUUUGUGAAACUGAUAUUGUUUAUACUGUCAAGUCAGAACACAUUAUCAACCUAUAGAUAGUUAGGGCCAAGCUGGUCCACGAGAAGCUAACCCUUCUCAUGAUACGCUUGAUUUAGGCGCAACACAAUAAUGUUGAAAUUCUGACCACACCUUAAUCACAGGCAAUUCAUGCUAUGUCUAAUGAGAAAUGGAAACACACAUCUUUAUAUUUCAAGUUAUCCUAAACAAGUGUAUCCUUUCUAUAAACUAUGUGGUCUUUUGUUCCUUGAGGGUCCUGUCAGAAAAUAGAUCAGCACCAACUACCAGCCCCAUACAUUAUGAGGUAUAUGGUCAGUCUCUCUCAACUAUAUCCGUUCAGGCCUGGUGUAAAAUUUUAUUUUCAGGUACAAACCAAUAAUAAUGAUAAUGAUUUCGUUCUUUUGGGUCUGAUCACAGCGUCUUACAGAAGCCUGCUGAUCUCCCCCCCCUAGAGGUCUGCUAUCUCCAUUCAGAGAGGGGGUCAGGCCCAUGGUUGAUUAUGCCAACAGCAAGGCCACAUAGAGUGCAUCUCUUCCCGACAGGCUAUUUUAGGUGAGAGUGCACUUUUUCAAGCACUGGCAAACUGGCGGACUGGAAAAACAAUCUCAAAAUAGUCAAUCUGCUGCAUCUGGUUUGUGUCGUGACAAGCCUACAAUGUCUCUCAUGGCUCUAGAUGGAAGAAGCAGGCAUAGAAAGCCCACAUUUAAAUCCUUUACAAUAGCCUCAUUUUAAAUAAUAUGGUAAUCUAAACUAUGCAAUAAACCAUGAAUCACGACUCUGUGAUUAAUGAUGGCGUUACAGAAACAGAAACUCAAACAUUACAUCCGGCAAAGACAAAACAGAUGGUGAGAUAGUGAUUCCAUAUCCAAGACAGUCUGUGAGGCGAGAUAUGAAUCAUUAGUCAGACCCUGUGGAAUCCAUAAUGUCAGUCACGCAUGUGAAAUCAUAUUUUGAUGCAGCAGCUAUUCACAGUGCUCAUUAAACACUGCAUGUAUGAACCUUGCAUUGUUAAAGUUACCUCGCAGGCCACAAUUAAUACAAAACAACUGUUUAUUUUGGGGUUCAUUUGGGCACCAUGACUCAUUCAGGAUUCACUGAGACUUGCAACUGUGUACGAUACAAUACUAAACACAAUGCUUGCACUAAUGAGACUGACUCAAAUACUUCUCUCAUAAAGAUGUCCAUUUCCAAAUCUUUCACGACAGUUCAAAAGUUAAAGAAUCAACAAAGAAAAUUCUGCAGAUGAAACUAAAACAGGCAAAACAGGAGUCUUAAUUAAGUCAGGAACAUGGGGAGCAAUUCUACACAAUGUGUAAGAUGUGGUACUUCCCUGUUUUGAAAUUUUUAAUAUCCACGGUGAGAAAAACUGGGUGAAUGCAGUGGGGGUCCCCUAUAAAUCAUGUCAUGGCUCAGCUUUCUGGGCAAGCAGAACAAAAACAGUUCAAUGGGUCUCCACAUUAUUUCUGUGUGGCAGCAGUGAAAAUCAAACACAACAUGGCAUAGUUAGUAAAGUGAAAGGUCUCUGGACCCUGAGGGGGUCUUCAAAGGGAAUUUGUUGCCUCCAACUCCAUUAAGUCCUUCACCUUAGCGUCACUAAAGCUCCACACACUGAGCUGAUAGCAUAUGGCAAAUUUAUUGGACCAAGCAGAGCAGAGCUGAGCUGGGCCUAGAGGUGGAUCAAGCUCUGCUCUGACCAGUCCAGUCUGAGAGCAGAUGGACUCUCAAUCACGCAGCUCACAACCACCUGAGUGACGAACAUGUUUGUGUCUGUUGUUCAGCUUUGUGAACAAGGCCUCUGUCAAAGCAAAAAUGUUGCUCUGUUGAAUUAAAUUUGCUGGAAGCUGU